GCGGGCGCUCGCUCGCGAGUGCUGGGUGGCGGGCGGGACCUGAGCGGGAGGCGCGCGCCGGUGUGUGCGUGCGCGCGCGCCGCCGGCGGGCCAGCGGAGCCGCUGCCCUGGCACGUGAUCCGGAACGUCUAGGUCGCUUGGUGGCUCAGUCUGUCGGUCCGCGGGUGCCAUCAUGGCGGACGCGGCCAGUCAGGUCCUCCUGGGCUCCGGACUCACCAUCCUGUCCCAGCCUCUCAUGUAUGUGAAGGUGCUCAUCCAGGUGGGGUAUGAGCCUCUUCCUCCAACCAUAGGACGAAAUAUUUUUGGGCGGCAAGUAUGUCAGCUUCCUGGUCUCUUUUGCUAUGCUUGGCACAUUGCAAGCAUCGAUGGGAAGCGUGGGUUGUUCAGAGGGUUAACUCCAAGACUGUGUUCGGGAGUCCUUGGAACUGUGGUCCAUGGGAAAGUUCUACAGCAUUACCAUGAGUGUGACAAGGUUGAGGAGAAGGGACAAGCAGUCAGUUUCCCUUUCAUCUCAGAGUUAGGACCUGGAAUUGUACAGAAAGAAGUCUCAUCUUCCUUUGACCGAGUUAUCAAGGAGACAACUCGAGAGAUGAUGGCUCGUUCUGCUGCUACCCUCAUCACACAUCCCUUCCACGUGAUCACUCUGAGAUCUAUGGUGCAAUUCAUUGGUAGGGAAUCCAAGUACUGUGGGCUUUUUGACUCCAUAGUAACCAUCUAUCAGGAAGAGGGCAUCCUAGGAUUUUUUGCGGGUCUUAUUCCUCGCCUCCUAGGUGACAUCAUUUCUCUGUGGCUGUGUAACUCACUGGCCUACCUCGUCAAUACCUACGCACUGGACAGUGGGGUUUCCACCAUGAAUGAAAUGAAGAGUUAUUCCCAAGCUGUCACUGGAUUUUUUGCCAGUAUGUUGACAUAUCCCUUUGUGCUUGUGUCUAAUCUUAUGGCUGUCAAUAACUGUGGGCUUGCUGGUGGGUCCCCUCCUUAUUCCCCAAUAUAUACAUCUUGGAUAGAUUGCUGGUGCAUGCUACAAAAAGAGGGAAAUAUGAGCCGAGGAAAUAGCUUGUUUUUCCGGAAGGUCCCCUUUGGGAAGACUUACUGUUGUGACCUGAGAAUGUUAAUUUGAAGAUGUGAGACAGGGACAGUGACAUUUCUUUAGUCCCAGAUACACAGAAUUAUGGGAGAGAAUGUUGAUUUCUAUAUAGUGUGGCACACUUUUUUUAAUAAUCAUUUAAUCUUGGGAAAAUGGAGGUGUUUGGUGUCUGUCUUUUUCCUUUUCCCAGCGCAAUGUAAUUUGCCACCGAUAUUCCCUGUUUAGUUAUUCUGAUAAGGAACAUUUUUGCUCCAGACUCUUCAUGUUUUUUAAACAGAAAAAAAGUUCGGGUUUUCCUAAAGGCACAGACAGGUUGUCUGUGAUUUGAGUGUUAAUUUAAGGCUUUGUAAAAUGAAGAAUGUGAUCCCAAGAAGAAAGAAAGAAUUCUGUAAACCUUAAGACAUUUAAUAAGGCAAAACCAUAUGGGAGGUUAUAAAUGACCUUUUCUUUAGUAGAUCCUAAAAAUUCACCAGCAUCCACCAGAAUCUGCCUCCCAUUGUAUGCUUCUAAGCACAUUUCAUUAACCCUGUUUCUCAUACUUCAAAAAAGGAUAAUACUUUGCUAAAUUAACCCUAACAAAUCUCUACAUGAGGCAUUCAUGCCUUCACUCUAUUACUGAAUCUAUUAAAUUGUCGCCAAUAACAAAAAUAAAAGGACAGCUAUAGAUUAUAAGCACAGUUUGGAACGGGAGUGUAAGGGCUUAUUUUUGCCACAGAAGAAAUUAUUGUGGUUGUAUAAACUGAAAAACAAUACUGCAGCAGCAGCCCUCUUCUCCAAGAGCCAAAUCUUUGCCAGUCCCUAAAUCACACAGUUAGACAGUUCUGAUUAUAUAUCAUUUUUUGUUCUUCCUUUUUGUUGUUCUUGCAGAAGGUGACUAGUUUGUUUUCAUUCCUAAUGAUGCUCUUGGAAAGUCUCCUUGUAACUUCAUACCUGAUAAUGCAGACUGAAGUCAACACAGGGUUCUUAACAGUGAUUGACCAUCCCGCAUGUCACCCCCUCAGGCAUGUUAACAUAUACAGGAGAGGAAAAAAAUCACUUGAAAGAAAUAAAUUUCAACUCAAGCAUAAAGCUUCUAUUUACUCAGGCCUUUUAAAAGCUGGUUAAUAUGCUCUAAAUGGGAAAGGAUAUGGUUUCACUUGUUUAAGUAAUCCAUUGGGAUGUUGCCAAAUGAAUAAGCACUUAACUUGCUGCUUCUCAGACUUCUCUGUCACAGCCACAGCACCCAUAACAGAGUGAGCCUAAUCGAUCUCCUCGCUCCCCCAGGGUUAUGGAAUACAGCCUGAAGGUCAUGGAUAGCUUACCUUGAAAUCAUCUUUGGUGUCUCUUACUUUGUCUCAAAAAGUAAUGUAAAUUUUGUAUUCUAUUCAAUAUUAUCUGUAUUUGUUUUAAUAUAAAAUGUUUUGCAUUACCUACCUUUUUCCCAAAACUUUUCAAGUAAAGAUCUAGGAAAAUGCCCAA